CUAAGGAUGAAAGUUGGCCUGUAUUUCUUUGUUUAAAGUCAUACUUGUUUUGAUCACCAUCAUAUAUAUAUCCGCACACCCCUAGCUUAUCUAAUCUAACCCAAGAUGGACGACGCCAUAGAAAUUAUUGCGCAAAACCCACAUGAACUUUUCAGCUAUGGGAUUGGGGUGUCAGACAAGCUCAAGCACCUGAUAAAGGAAAUCAAAAUGAUAAAGGCAUAUCUUGCCGACGCCGCCAGAAAUCUGCAGACGGAGCAAUUCAGAGAAAUGGAUUUGGAGAGGCAGCUGAAAGAGGUGGUUUAUGACGUUGUAGACGCCAUUGAAGCUUCAUCGUCUCGAAGAGCAGCCGCCAUGACCAAGAUUACAUGCUUCCGCCUAGCACUGAUUAAACAGCUUGAUGUGGUGGUAGAGAGGUCGCUCGACUCCAUUAAAUCUCGAAAGUUAGAUCCCAUCACUAACAGAAUCAAAUCAUACAUGAUUCUGGGAACCCAACAAACACAAUCUACAGAAACGAUUCAGGGCUCACUGGGGCGGAGAGAGAUCGAAGUUGGGUCUUACAAGGGAGGGUCGGGGUCUGGUGCUGGUCAAGCCCCCGCUGGCGAAGGGGCUAGUCCCCAUGUGGUUCUGUCACUGGUUGAGCCGCCGCCCCAACCAAAGAAGUUUGUUGGUUUAAAAGAUGAGGCAGAGACCUUAAUCAGCACUCUUAUGAAAGAAACGGAGACACUCGAUGUUAUCGCUAUCACAGGCAUGCAUGGCAUAGGCAAGACAACGCUGGCCUCCAAGAUUUACCAUGACAACAGAAUCCGUGAGGAGUUCCCCACCCUCCUUUGGGUUAAUGAGGGAGCUGUUCCCUACCUCCCUGAUAGGGAUCUGUUUCUCUACAUUCUAAUGCAACUCGAGAAUAGUGGUUCUUGGAAAGCUGAUACUUCUCAAGCGUCCUGCAGCAACUGCAUGGAUUCCUCAAUUGGGAUUCCCAGUGAUCUCUAUUAUCUACCCGACGAUAUGUUGAUGGCCAGAGUUAGAGACUCUCUCAUGAAGAGCAAAUAUUUGCUAAUUGUGGAUGGUGUAUGGAAUACCGAAAGGUGGAAAAGUGUCAUGCUCAUGUUUCCGGCGAUUGGCAAAGUCUUGAUAACCAGUUGCUACAAUUAUGUCUCCACAAAGCCUCACGUGCUGCGUUUCCUGACCGAGGAGGAGAGUUGGGAACUACUCCAGUUGGAGGUUUUUGGUGAGCUUGGCAAGUGCCCUGAUACGGUCAAGUCUACUGGGAAGCGUAUAGCUCGAAAGUGUGAUGGAUCGCCGCUUGCAGUAGAAGCAGCUGGAAAGAGUCUAGUGGUCUCGUCCUCAACAGAAGCAGCCAAGAAUAUCAUGAAGAAGUUGUGGGAGGCUGUGUCUGAGAAUGUCACGAUGUAUAUUGCAGACUACGGUGCUCAGCAACGUGUUCUUAAACGUGUAGGGUCGAGUUACUCUAGAUUGCCUCUGCGUUUGCAAGAAUGCUUCCUUUACUUGGGAGUGUUUCCCGAAGGUCAUGAGAUCCCUGUUCGGACAUUGGUUCGCUUGUGGAUGGCAGAAGGACUUCUAUACGACCGGGGACACAUCUUGGGAGAAUAUGCUGUGCAUAAACUUGAUGAGAUAAAUAUGGGUGAAAUUGAGGAGUUGCAGAGUUUGGAGGAAACUGCAGAUAAAUAUUUGCGUGAGCUUGUUCACAUGAACUUAGUCAUGGUUGUUAAAAGAUAUCUUGACGGCCAGAUUAAGACAUGCAGUCUACAUAAGCUAAUACAUGCAUUCUGCAAAUAUAAAGCUACUGAGAAAGAUCUCUACCAAGAGAUCAAAAUGAUCGAAGAUCGUCCAGUUUCUCUCACUCCAAACAGUCGUCUCUGUAUCUACUCUGAUCUCUCCAAAUUCCUUUCCAGUAAACCAAAGGAGCCAAGUGUACGUUCUAUUCUAUGUUUCUACAAGGAUGAGAGUGUUGUUCUGAGUCGUAAAGAAAUCUCCCGGAUCCAUAAAUGGUUCAAGUUGCUCAGGGUUCUGGAGUGCAGGAACGUCAAUUUCACCAGAUUUCCCAACAAGUUGAAUAGGCUUAUCCAUUUGAGGUACAUCUCACUAUCUUGUGGUGAGAUUUCCGAAAUCCCCGAAAGCAUAGCUACGCUAUGCUACCUAGAAACUUUGGUGGUGGACACUCGGGCGUCUUCUCUUCUAUUCAAAGCUAAUACAUGGAGGAUGUUUAAGCUUCAGCAUUUGGUGACAAAAGCAGCCAUUGUUUUAGCCGUAUCAGAAAGUGUAGUGUCCAAAUAUUUUCGGACACUGACUAGAUUGACACCUUCAUGUUGCACCAAGGAAGUGUUCCGAGUCGCCCCUAACCUAAAGACAUUGGGGAUUCGAGGGCACUUAGCCACUCUUGCAGAACCCGGAUCCAUAAAGGAACUGAACCAUCUUGAAAAGUUGAAGCUGAUAAAUGAAUCUGCAGUUGAUUGUCAGUUGAAUCUUAACUGCAUCCCACGAACUCUCUGGAGUCUCACACUUUCAGGUACACACUUGAAAUGGGAGUGCAUGUCUGAAUUGGGAAUGAUUGAUUGCCUCAAGACCCUUAAGUUGAAAAACAAUGCAAUCACUGGAGAGUCCUUGACUAGUACACGUGCUGAUGGUUUUGGUCGUCUAAGCUUCUUGCUGAUCGACACCACGGAUUUAGUCUCCUGGGAAGCCUUACCUGAUUGUCUUCCUAGUCUUGAGCAUCUUGUGCUUAAAAACUGUGACAAACUCCAGAAAGUUCCAUCAUCUCUAGAGAAAUGCCUCGCCAUAUCUGAUGUAGGGAACAUACCUAGUGUGGCCCUAAGCCCAACAACAGCACCACGGCCACCAAGUCCAAUCUAGCAUGACCCAAGCCACGACAUGAGCCCAUAGUGACAUCAAGGCCGAGACGUAUUUGGAGCUCGGCCCGCCAAGUUCCACGAUUAUGACAGAGUCAUGAUCAUGUUUAUAUUCAUGAUUUGUUUUACGUAUCUUUUAUCGAGUCUUCAUUUUAUUAAGUAAUGUAUCGAUUGAAGUUUAUAAGUUCUCUCUUGGGUUUUCUUUGUCGGUUCUCUUUCCCGAGUCAACUUAAGAGGUUCGAACCAGCCUAGGAAUUAAUAUAAAUAGUCUUUAUUUAUCAAA